AUGCAGUUGUUCUGGACGCUGGAUCGUCCAUGGCCCAAAAAAGCACAUAAGGAUGCUGGUAGCAAGGACCUGGCAAAGUUGCCACAUAUCGAAACUACCAAGGAAUGGACGAAGAAGAUAAAACCGGGUGUUUCGUCCUUCGCCAAAAACCCAGAAAACGUCGGCCCAGACCACCUCCACAAGCUUCUCAAACAUGUACACUCCGUAAUACCUCGCAAAGAGGUCGAGGACACGCCGAUAUUCCUUCUUGCGACUGCUGGUAUGCGGUUAUUGUCAGACAACGAACAGAAAGAGAUCCUCAAAAAUGUAUGCUCCUACAUUAGUGACAACUCUGGGUUUCUUUUACCAGAUUGUGAUGCCCAUAUAAAAGUUAUCGAUGGAAAAACGGAGGGACUCUACGGUUGGAUUGCAACAAACUAUCUUCUGGGCGGUUUUGAUGAGCCAAAGGCCCAUGAUCAUGGCAAGGGUCAUCACACCUACGGUUUUCUAGACAUGGGCGGUGCUUCUGCGCAGUUAGCAUUCGCGCCAAAUUCCACGGAGGCCAAAAAGCAUGCGAAUGACUUGACACUAUUGCGUCUGAGGACUCUUAACGGGCAGUCAAAUGAGUACGGCGUUUUCGUUACAUCCUGGCUAGGAUUUGGUGUUCGACAGGCAAGAUCCCGUUAUGUACAAGCUCUUCUGAAAGGAGCGCCUGCCGGCGCAGUCAACAGAAAAUUCCCGGACCCUUGUCUCCCUGACGGUCUGCGAACAACACUAGAAGGAACCAUUCUCCCUCCAGACGGCCCAGUACCCGGCACAGACUCGUACUUGGUAGGGAACGGAAAGUUUGAGGAGUGUUUGCGCGAAACAAUCCCCUUGCUUGCCAAAGACACUCCGUGCGAGGAUGAACCCUGUCUGUUGAACGGAGUGCACGUCCCUGCGAUUGACUUUGAUGUCAAUCACUUCGUUGGCAUAAGCGAGUAUUGGCAUACCACCCACGAAAUAUUUGAGAUGGGCCAUCAGGACAAGGCUUAUGACUUCAAAACCUACCAGAUGCGUGUCAAUGAGUUUUGCUCAACGCCCUGGAGCGCUAUCAAUGACGGCAUUGAGCAAAAGAAAUGGGGUAAGGUUGACCAGGAAACUGCCUACGAGGUCUGCUUCAAGGCAGCCUGGAUAAUCAACAUCCUCCAUGAGGGCAUCGGUAUACCUCGUGUUGGACUCGAGGCUUCCACCAACAACACUAACAGCGCUACUAAAGAACUCGGUGGCCACGGCAAAAAUGGCCAAGACAAAACCUACCUAGAUCCGUUCCAAGCUGUGGAUAAGAUCAAUGCCACUGAAGUGAGCUGGACUCUUGGAAAGGCUGUCCUAUUUGCAUCAUCUCAAGUCCCUGCGUCUAAGGCAAGCUUACCUGUUGGGUUUGGUAGCAACACUCCUGGCAAGGUCCCGGAUGACUUCGAAUACCCAAGUUCGAACCAACCUCAUAUCCCCUCACCACCCAGCAACUCUGAUAAAAACGGGACAAGCGAGAAUUGGCAUGACACAUUAUUCGACGGAGACUCACCUCGCCGUAUCCCUGGUUUAUUUAUCUUCGCCCUUAUAGUUUUAAUCGUUAUCUUUUUCCUUCUUGGCCGGGAACGUCGUUCCCGCAUCUAUCAUAAACUAGGCAUGCGAUUCGGACGUGGCGGUAACAACGGAGGCAACUUGAGAAGAAGAUCCCCUUUCUUCAGGGGGAAGAUACCCUUCCUCUCUAGACGAGGCCCCGGAAUUUCCUAUGAACGCGUGUUGGAGGAAGGUGACCAUCGAGACUUUGAGCUUGGCAGCAUAGACUCGGACGAAGAUUCCCAAGGAUCUUCUUCCUCAUCACCACCUUCAAGCGCCGCUGGAGCCCGACCUCUGGCCCGGACACCUCACAGCCAAAGCCCCAAAUAUAACCUCGACAAUUCGUCUUUGCUCAGCGUUGCGAGCCUUAAUAAUUCCCUGGAUAGGCGCGGGCUUGUUAUCAGAACCGAGAGUAGGGACAGACUAUAUGCUCCGGCCCUUGCGCCGACGACUGUCGGUCGAAAAUCCCGUGCCACCAGCCCUAUCCGACUUUCUACGCCCAUUACGAACCCUUAA